AUGGUCAACAUCGAUUAUGAAAAGGCAAGAAAAUUUCAGGGUACUCUUCGUAACGAUAUCCUGGAAAGAGUGAAUGUAUUGAAAUUGCCUACUUAUGUUGAUAUGCUAGACCCAGCUUUAAUGUCAGAAACUAAUAUGGCCAAUCAAAAUAAACCAUCUAAAUGGAAAAGUAAGAGGCAAGGCUUCUUUCCGAAGAAGAAGAUGUUUAAAAAGCAAAAUAUGGGUUCAUUGAGUUCUAGCUCUUCAAGGGACUCUGCACCAACAUGUAACAUCUGUGAUAGAAAGCAUCUGGGAGUUUGUUACCACACAUCUGGGGCAUGUUUUCUUUGUGGAAAAACUGGGCAUAUGGUUAAAGACUAUCCUCAGAGUGACCAAAGAGGUGGAAGGCCAUCUGCUAGCUCGACUGGAUCUAUUCCUGUACCAAGGAACAUUGUGAGACCUACUAUUACCAGAGACACAAUGAGGCAUGGGAAAGUCUUUGCGCUCAUCCCAGGUGACACACAAAAUACUGAAGUCGUCGUCUCAGGUACUAUCACUAUAUGUAGUCAAGAUGCUUUUGUGUUAAUUGAUUCUGGAUCAUCACAUUCCUUUGUGUCUACUACAUAUGCAUCUAGAUUGAAUAGACCCGGAGUCGGUGUUGUGUACGUCGUAUAUCAUUUUUGCAAUAUGCAUAUUGGGAGUGUGACUUUAUAUGUGGAUUUGUUGCCUUUGGAUAUUAGACACUUUAAUGUAAUUCGGGGAGUGGAUUGGCUGUCUAAAUAUUGUGCCACCAUUGAUUGUGUAACAAAACAAGAUAUAUUUAGACCUCCAGGACAUGAUGAGUUUAUAUUUAUGGGUAAUGGAGUAGUACCUCCACCUUAUCUGAUUUCAGCAAGGAAGGCAUGUAAACUGCUCAGGAAAAGGUGUCACGGUUAUCUGUGUAGUGUGAUGACUGAACAAUCCAUGAAUGUUGAACUAGACAGUAUUCCCAUUGUUAGAGAAUUUCCAAAUAUAUUCCCGAUUGGAUUGCUAAGGGAAUUGGUUGACAGGGAGAUAAAGUUUACUAUUGAUAUUGUAUCGGGCACUCAGCCUAUUUCGAAAAAUCCUUACGGAAUACCAACUAUUGAAAUGAAAGAAUUGAAAGAACAGUUGCAAGACUUGCUUGACAAGGGUUUCAUUAGACCGAGUAUUUCGCCCAAGGGAGCACCUGUAUUAUUUGUAAAGAAGAAAGACGGGACCUUACAAUUAUGUAUUGACUAUCAGGAAUUGAACAAGAAUGGAAAGGCAAUUGCUUAUGUCUCCUGA